GUAUAGCAAAGGGUGGAGGCCACUGGAAGACUUCAGAGUGGUAUCCUCCUCUCUCAGUGCUGCCGCAGACAGAAGUUUUCUUAGCUUUCCGCUAGGAGCUUCUGUAGAGUGUUGAAUCCCCGCUCUCCUACCCGAAGAAAAUGGAGACAUUGAUUACAACUCAGAUUGUAUGCCUGCAGGUUUAGAAUUUAGGCUGUUUGCUGGACACUUGUCAAAGCUGCAUCAUGUGGUCCCCACAGACGGUAUGUGUGUCCUUGCAGUCACUCAGGUCAGAAAGUAUCUGGAGUCGUCCUUGAUUUCUCUCAUGGUUCUGUAAAUGCAUCCCGUCACUCCAGUUGACUCUGCCUUCAAAGUCUGUGCAGAAGCAGACCACUGGUUAUCCUCUGCCCACCCAAGCCCCCUAGUCAGUGGGCUCCCAGCCGGUUUCCCUUUCUGCCCUUACCCUUCUUCAGUCUUUGACCAGUAAAGCCGUCAGAAGGAUCCUGUUCACUUAUAAGAUGGUGCCAGGCCUUUGCUGAAAACUCGAGCAGGUCUGACUCAGAGGGGAAGCCACAGUUCUGCAAUGACCUGUAAAGCUGUGUACAGCCAGCCCUCCGUUACUGCUCUGCUCACGGCUUCAGCCUCUCUGACCACACUGACGUGGACACUCUUGUUCCUUGUGAGCUCCAGACAAACUCUACUGACUCUGGGCUGUGAAAAUUGCUGGACUAUCUGCUUGGACUGCUCUUCCCCCUUGUGAUAUUUAUUGUGUUUUAUGAUAAGAAAUUGGUAUUUGGUCUUCAUUCUGCUUUGUGGCACAGAGCUUCCAGAACCCUUGGAAUUUCCUGUGAAGAGAGCGAUAAAGGAGUCUCUUGUUAUGUUAAUGAGGUGACUUUGGACACCACCUAAGGGUGGGGCUGGUUGCUAGGAGAACCAACCUUUCGAUCAGAGGAUUGGACCGUUGGGUCCCACCCACCCCCACCCUAACCUGGGGGUAGGAGCAGGGCUGGAGGUUGAGUCCAUCAUCAAUGGCCAGUGAUUUAUCAAUUAUUCCUACGUGGUGGAGCCUCCAUAAAACCCAAAGGACGGGGUGUGGGGAGCUUCCAGGUUGGUGAACACUUGGAGGUUGGUGAGAGCAGUGAGCUCCUGGAGAACAUGUAAGCUCUGCGCCCUUUCCCCAUACCUCACCCUGUGCAUCUCUUCCAUCUGGCUGCUCCCGAGUUCUGUCAUUUAUAAUAAACUGGUGAUGUGGUAAGUGAAAUGUUUUUUUUGAAUUCUCAGCUGCGCUAGCAAGUUAAUCGAACUCAAAGAGGGGCUCUUUGGAACCUCUGAUUUAUAGCCAUUUGGUCAGAAGCUCAGGUAAUAAACUUGGGUUUGUGACUAGUGUCUGAAGUGGGGGGGGGGAGCGGCUUCGAGGGACCAAGCCCUUAACCUGUAGGAUCUGAUGCCAUCUCCAGGUACAUAGUGUCAGAAUGGAGUUGAGUUGUAGGACACCCAGGUGGUGUCAGAGACUUGCUUGUUGGUGUGGGAACCCUCCCCAUGUUGAAAUUGUUGAGGGGAGAAUGUAGUUGGUGUCAGUGAAAUGGGAUUGGCUAGAACGGCCCUAGCUCUUGGAAGCAUGUGGUUUGGGGAGAGAAAGGGUGAAAGGGCAGGAGAUGAGAAGCGCUUGAUUCCUGGGGGGCCACGGGGUCACCCAUGGUUUGGAGCAGUGGCUGGGCUGCAGUCAGUUACUAAAUGUAAAUGUUGCCAAUGAAAUUCAGAGACAGAUCCAUCUCCUGGGAGCUGGUUCCCUGGCUGGAUAAGGAAGCGCAGACUAAUAAGGAAAAGGCAAAAUAUUCGAUCCCUUGGUUACUUUUAUCUGUAACACCUAAACUAAAAGUAGAAGAGAGUGCUGGGUCGGACCUCAAUGCUGGAUCAAACUCAGAUUUCAGUGAGUCUCAGCUUUGGCCACUGGCCUCAAAGCCGCUCCCCAAAGGAAAAAUUGUGCAGGGACAAGAAAAGUGUCUCUAAGACCUCUGGUCUCCAAGUAGGUAGUAAACAUGGAGGCAAAACCAAGAAGCUGUUGAAACCAGGGCUGUAGUGUGGAGUUGUUUCAUUUGGUGGAUCAGAACCAUCAGCUUCCUGAGGAACCUUUACUGAAAUGGAUUGGGAGUGACUCACUUGGCCUCUGUGUCUUUGGUUGUGAAGCUGCCGAGUGGAAGAGCGUGUUUGGUUUGAUGUGGGACCCACAGCGCGCUGUGGAACAAUCACAGAUGGCUGUGCGUGAUCCCGACACACAGGAGGUUACUCCCAGGGAACAGCCUGCCUGGUGGACUGGAUAAAGGCAGCUGUAAGGUCUGCUUACCCUGAAAAGGGGGACUGUCCAUCUCCCUUGUGAAUGCCGAGUGGAACACCACAUGAAGCAGCUGAUAGGCUUGGUAUGCAAGCCAUGGGGAACUGGCUUCACGAUGACCGGGACAUUCACCCGCCGAAUGUGCUGGUUAAGGGGGCCCCUUUCACAUGAGCACUCCAUAUAACCUUGUUUUUACCAAACCGAAAGAAAAACAGUUCAGGGAAACCUUGUGGAAAUGCUGUCUCAGCUUCCCCUCACGGGCCUUACAGAUGCUAAUAAGAAUAUUAGGUUAAUUAACAAGAGAAUGCAAAGAGGCCAAAGGGACGUUGCCAGUGUAGGUGGAAAUUUUUAAAUGGGUAUUAAGACGUGAGGUGAAGAGAGGAAAUACUGAUAGGAGCAAAACAAAGAGGAAAUAGAAAUGGAAAAUCAGGGGACUUGUGCUAGCAGGCAGAAAUCUUUACAUGGUUAUUAAGAAGUGGGUUGAAUACAGCAGACAUUGGUGGGGUUGAAGCAAAGGUUUUUAUUAUUAUUAUUAUUAUUGAUGUCUUAAUAGUUUAUAACAUUGUGAAAUUUUGGUUGUACAUUAUUUGCCAAUCACCAGAUAUGUGUCCCUUCACCCCUUGUGCCCACCCCCCAACCCUUGCCCUUGGUAACCACUAUACAGUUUUCUCUGUGUUGGUUUAUAUUCCACUUGAGUGAGAUCAUGCGGUGUGAAACAAAGGUUUUUGGUUUUUUUUUUCUUUUGAAUGUUUCUUUUUUUUUCUUUUGUGAGGAAGGUCAGCCCGAGCUAACAUCGUUGCCAAUCCUCCUCUUUUUCCCAGUGAAGAUUGGCCCUGGGCUAACAUCCGUGUCCAUCUUCUUCUACUUUAUAUGGGACGCUGCCACAGCAUGGCUUGAGAAGUGGUGCGUCGGUGCGCGGCCGGGAUCCGAAGCUGCGAAACCCGGGCCGCUGCGCCGGAGAGCACUUAAGCGCUACGCCACCGGGCCAGCCCUGAAACAAAGAAGCACCCUGAUCAUGCCUGGCAGUUGUAACAACUGUUGAAACCUGUUGCCUCUUCUACAACCAGGGCAAUUUUACCACUUGUCCAGAGACAGAAGAGGCCUCAGUCAUCUCAGGUUGGAGUUCAAGAUGGAAAAUCCAUGAAUAUCAACACGGGAGGAUAUUUAUAAAGGCGAUUCAUCCCAAAGGUCCGUUGUCCCGGAGCAUUGGGUCGCGGCUGAGGUGACAGGACUGAGAAGGCGUGAGAGGAGGCGCCGUCCCCGCUGCAUAGGGCGAGUCUGAGGCUCAGCGACGCCGCCCGCGAGACCUGCGCCAGGGCCGGGACAGGGACCACCGUGCCCGGGUCCCCUCCUCUCCCGCGGCUCCUGGCCCCGCUCCUCCCCUGGAGUCCGAUGGCGGCGGCCGCGCGGAGGGAGCCGGCUCAGCAGGGCAGUGUGACAUUUGAAGAUGUGGCCAUAUACUUUUCCUUGAGAGAAUGGAGUCUCCUUGAUGAGGCUCAGAGACAUCUGUACCGUGAUGUGAUGCUGGAGAACUUGGCACUUACAACCUCUCUGGGUUGUUGUCAUGAAGCAAAGAAUGAGGAGACUCGUUUUGAGCAGAGCAUUUCUGUACAAAGAGUAUCACAGGUCAGGACUCCCAGUGAACAUCUGUUUCCCAAGAAGGCACACCCCUGUGAAAUGUGUGGGCUGAUAUUGAGAGAUAUUUUACACUUGGUUGAGCACCACGAAACACAUGACAAGCAGAAACUGCACAGAUGUGGUGCAUAUGGAGAACAAUUGUAUGUCAGCACAAACCUUCGGCAGCAUCAGAAGCAGUGCACUGGGGAGAAACCCCUCAGAAGCCAUGUGGACAGAGCCUCAUUUGUGAAGAACUGCAAAUGCCGUGUGUCAGGGAAGCCAUUUAUCUUUAGGGUGGUUGGGAAGAACUUCUUGGCUAGCUCUGAAUUUCUCCAGCAACAGACCACUGCUGCCAGGGAGCUGUCAAACAGUGGAACCCAGAGCAGAGCAGCCUUUCAGAGAGGAAAAACUCAUUGUAACUGGGGAGAAUGCAUGAACACCUUCAGCUGCAAACACACACCUAUUCAGCACCGGAGAGUCCUUACUAGAGAAAGAUGUUUUAUGUGGAAUGAAUGUGGGAAAUUUUUUAGCAGAAGCUAUAGCCUCAAUCAACAUCAGAGAGUGCAUACUGGAGAAAGAACUUUUGACUCUGAAGAAUGUGGAAUAUUACUUAAAAAGUCUCACCUUGUUGAACACCAGAAAAGUAACAGCAGAGAUAGGCCUUAUGAGUGUACAGAGUGUGGGAAAUCAUUUACCCGAAGCUCCAACCUCAUUACACAUUGGAGAGUUCACACUGGAGAAAGGCCUUAUGAUUGUGGGGAAUGUGGGAAAUCUUUUAGCCGAAAGUCCAACCUUAUUGUACACCAUAGAGUUCACACCAGAGAAAGACCAUAUGAAUGUACAGAAUGUGGGAAAUCAUUUGUCCAAAGCUCUACACUCCUUCAACAUCGGAGAAUACACACUGGAGAAAGGCCUUAUGAUUGCAGUGAAUGUGGGAAAACUUUUACCCGAUUCUUUGCACUCCAUCAACAUCAGAGAGUUCACACUGGAUCAAGGCCUUAUGGGUGCAUUGAGUGUGGAAAAUCCUUUGCUGAAAACUCCCGACUCAUUAAACACAGGAGAGUUCACACUGGAGAAAGGCCUUAUGAAUGCAGCGAAUGUGACAAAGCAUUUUGCCAAAGUUCCUCACUUCUUCGACAUCAGAGAGUUCACACUGGAGAAAGGCCUUAUGAGUGUGGGGAAUGUGGGAAAUCCUUUGGGCAGAAGACAACCCUCAUUCAGCAUUGGAGUGUUCACAGUACAGAAAGACCUUACAAAUGUGGGGAAUGUGGGAAAUCCUUUAGGCGAAAGUCUGAGCUCAUUCAGCACUGGAGAGUUCACAGUGGAGAAAGGCCAUAUGAGUGUGGGGAUUGUAGGAAAUCAUUUAGCCAAAAGUCCAAUCUCACUAUGCACCGGAUAGUUCACACCAGAGAAAGGCCAUAUAAAUGUAAUCAGUGUGGGAAAUCAUUUAGCCAAAACUCGACGUUCCAAAAACAUCAGAGAAUUCACACUGGAGAAAGGCCUUAUGAGUGCAGUGAAUGUGGGAAAACUUUUAGCCAAAGUUCUGCACUCUGUCAACAUCAAAGACUUCACACUGGAUCAAAGCCUUUUGAGUGUAUCGAAUGUGGGAAAUCCUUUGUUGAAAAUUCCAGACUCAUUAAACACAAGAGAGUUCACACUGGAGAAAGGCCUUACGUGUGCAGUGAAUGUGGGAAGUCCUUUGCGGACAACUCCAACUUCAUUGUACACAGGCGAAUUCACACUGGAGAAAGGCCUUAUGAAUGCAGCCAGUGUGGAAAAACAUUUAGCCAAAGUUCUUCACUCCUUCAGCAUGAGAGAGUUCACUCUGGAGAAAGGCCAUAUAAGUGCAGCGAGUGUGGGAAAUGCUUUGCCAAAAACUCCAGUGUCAUUAAACACGAGCAUUCACACUUCAGAAAGUCAUUAUAAUGUAGCAAAUAUUGAAAAUUCUUUAUGUACAAUGCCAGUCUCAUGAAACACCAUAGUGUUCACAGUGAAUAAUGGCCUUAUGAGUAUGAUGAAUGUGGAAAAUCUUUUAGCUGAAACUCUAGCCUCAUUACAUACACACUGGAGAGUUCACACUGGGGAAAGGCCUUAUGAGUGCAUUGAAUGUGAGAAAGCAUUCAGUCUGAUCUCAUUGGAUACCACAAAGUUCACAUCAGGAAAACGAUAAUGUGCAGGGAAUGUGUCAUUUCUUGUUCAGUAUAACGACACUGGGGAGAUUAUGGCACCUUAUGAGGGUGCCAUCUAUCUCUAUUAAACUUUGUAUACCUGAUAAAUCACAUAAAUUCCAGGUAUGUGGGAGCUACAUUGCACCUUUGAUUUGCCCAGGGCCCUUACCAGAUUUAUGUCACUGCCAGUUCCAUAGCAAAAGCCAUCUAACAUCUAUCACUUUUCAGGUGCUCAUGGUGUGCCUCAUUGACCUUCCCUAAUGUGUCCAGGGAAGCAAACCCUGAUGGUCUCCCAUUUGCAGGAGGGAUUUGUAAGAAGGCUGAAUCCUUAUUCCUUUCUCUGAUUACUUUCUCUGAUGAGUUACGUGACUGACCUGACCAAUUUUUGGCUCAGAGGACUCUGCUAGUGACUUGAAAACAUAGACUGCCCUUUUCAGGAAUAUUGUUGGUCCCACAUGACUCUGUGAUGGAAUUUCCUGCCCCUCAAGUCUCCAGCCCAGGAGCAGCCUGCCUCCUAUUGCUCUGCUUUGUGAAAAUGAAGGCCUUAUUAAGUCGCCUUUCAUCUGGGGGUUCUGUUCACUGUGUGUGGUUGUUUGAAAACAGCUGGGUUCUGCUAAAGGAAGGGGUGAACAGCUUUGGUUGGGAUCCCAAUCUGUGUGUGUGUCAGAGGGAACAGUAUGAUGGCAGAAUAUGCCUCUCUCCAGUUCUGCCUGAGUUUGCAUUGCUGCCCCAGACCUCCAAGAAAAGAGUGUUGGGAUUUGUGGACCUAUUUGUAGCCUGGAUGCUGUGGUAUUUUGUGGUUCAGAGGUCAGUCUGUGGAGAGGCAGCGGUGAUAACCUUUGGUGCUUCUGAGAGCAACAUGAAAUUGUUCUCCUAUUCACAGGGGAUGUUGUAUUGUGCUCAGUGCUGCUGAGGGAAGUCUGUUCCCAGGUCCUGCAGUGGAGCCAUAUGCCCUGAUGUCUAGGAUUCUGCAGAGUGGCAUCACAGGUUAUGGGGUUGUAUGGACAGGGGAAUCAUACUUGUUAUAGAAACACUGGAUUUAAAGGGAGGGGAAGAGACUGCCCCAAAUUGAUUGGGAUGUGCCACUUUUAAAGGGGCAUCCAGAAGGUUCCAGUCACUGUGGCUGUGAAGGAUGAGCAGGCUUAAAAAUUCUCAUGGCCUCCAGAACUAUGUUUCUUGUGUAGCUGAGGUCACUGUGAAAGGAAAACAUGUAAAUGUUUUGUGGAUUCCUGUAGCCUCUCUGGGCUGUUCACCUGAAGGCUA